UCCCUGCCGCGACCAUCCGGCGGAACGGAGCCACUAGCAGCGCCAGCAGGAGUUUAAUCAACCAGCAGAAAGCUUCGGUGCCGGCAACGCGGAACGUGGUUUUACUGCGUCUCUUGGUCUCUCGUUGAUGUCGUUUCCCGCCGCUCGCAAGCGUCUCGAAUAUUUGUUGUUGUGAUUCACCGUUUUGUUCUUCAUCUUUUAUUUUCGUAUAGUUUAUAUAUUUUUGUAUGGUGUUUUAGUGAUCUUUGGUGAAAUACAUAAGAACCGUUUGUAUGAAUUUGGAUGGUUUAGGAUAUUGUUUUUUUUGGUGGAUAUUUUUGAUUUUGUAGAGUGGCUGUGCCCACAAUCCCUUAGAACUCACGAGCGGCAACAGGAUAAUCAAGCAUGGAGUCCACUAAUGGUUACAUAUAUUCGACUUCAUAUUUGCCAACUGAAAAAGGAGGAGCGGAUGUAACAUCGAAAAAUUUCGACAAAAAUGAAUACGCAACAAGCAGGGUCUCAGAAAAAUACGAAACAUAUCAGGAUUUUCUAUACAGGACACAACUAAGAAGGCGCUUGUCUUCUACAGGUGAAAACAGUGGCGAUUCCAGUACUACAGCGUCGGGCAGUACUUACGGCGAACAUGACGGAAGUGAGGGACGGGCAGAGAGCGAAGCUUCGUCCGACAUUCACGACAGGAAAGUGAUGGAAAGUCUUAUCUCAGACGUAGAGAAACAAAAAGUGGAGACGUUUUUCAAAGGAUUAAAAACACAGGUGUUUGUGAGCAACUCACUAGCAAACUUGUACACAAAGAUUUCGACGGAUACAGACUGGCAGUUAAAAUACACAGGAAUACCAGUAGUCAUCCUCGAUUUUGGUGAAGCUAGGGCAAGAGACAAACGAAAAAUACAAAUUGCUCUGGCUGAAAGAGGGACCUGUUUUAUGUUAUGGUCGGAUAAAAUCGACAAUUUAUCAUCGUACAAAGUGGAGAGUCCUUCAUUUCACACCAUGAGAUACUCGAACGACCACACAAUGGAAGUUGGCUUCAGUUUCGACACAACGGUCGCAGCUCAAGCGAUGUGGAGCCAUAUCGAACAAUUAGUAGCAUGUCCUGAAAAUAUAUCGUUAUCAACGCCAGGUAAAAAGAAGAAGAAAAAGGAGAAGAAAGAAAAGCCUCCAAUCCUACCUCCAAAAAGUCAUAUAUCUCAACCGUGUUGCUUCCAGCACAUUACAUCAGUAGAUAAGGAAGAUACAGAGAGGUAUUACUCCUUGCAAGAGCUACUACCGAGAAGUGUCCCAAUGUUAAACCAACAAAUACCAAAUAACUGAACAUUUUAUUAUAGACUAAUAUUACAUAGUUGCAUAUUUUAAAAACAUGUUAAAUUUUAUUAACAGUACCACAAAAUGAGCUAAUAAUGUGUUUAGUGCCGUUUUGUCUCAAUGAAAAUUUUAUUAAAAAAUGAUUGUAAUUUUCCAAAAUUAUGAUGAAAAUUUCAAAAUUCCAGACUUCUCUAUGGAGUGUUUUACCAGUUAAUGUGGUUCAAAAACCACGCAAUUUAAAAAAACAAAAGCUUUUUAAUGUUAUUUUAUAGAAAAAUAUCCAAUAUAUAAUAUAUUUCAAUAUUGUCGUAUUUAAUGGAUUAAAUUAUAAAUACCAUUAUCUAAAUUAUAUACAUUAUAUUUAAGAUGACAUAAUUACAAUUUAGUGUAUAACCUAAUGAUUUACUUAACUUCUUACUGCUAAUAAUAAUCCAUCGGACUGAUAGUUAUAAAUAAUAUAGGCAACAACAUGAAUAAUACAAAAGUGUUUAGAUAUUUAGUAUUUACUAUGUCAUAAUUUUAAUUCUGUAGUUUAUAAUCUACUCUAAAUGAUGCAAAUUUAUAUUUAUUGAAAAAUAUAGGUGAUCUAUAUAAAAAAAUUCCGUAAUAUGCAGUACAAAAUAAAUAUAAUAACAUGAGCAUAGCUUUGAUAGUGGUGCCAGUUCCGAACCAGUGUGAAAAUGAAUAGCAUGUAACCAGAGAAUAUUUCAUCGAAGAUUCAGAAUAAUUAGUCUUUGUAUUCUUAGUUAUUUGUAAAAAAACUAUAAUUUAACCAAUCAUCUUCAGCGACUGCUUGAAUUUGAUAGUUCAGUACACUCAUCAUCCACAGUAGGUUUGAACCAGCGACGCGAUGCGUCGGGACGUAGCGUGAUGUCAAUACAAGAAGAUUUAAUUAUAAUUAUCUCUUGACGAUUCUUCAGGUGAGAAUAAAGUAUUUCGAUGUAUUUUGUAUAUUGUAUGGAGGAAAUGUUCAUGAUAUUCGAAAUAAAUUAAACCAAUAUUCAAUAUAUCGGUAUUCUAUUUACAUAUUAUUCAUAUUUUUUAUACAUUUAAAUUUUGAACGCACUCAUUUUGAUAUUUAAAAUUAUAAUUUUCUAUGUUUAAUGAAUUUUAAAAUAAAAUUAUAUAAUUACACAUUUAUUGUUUAAUAUAGAAUGUGAUACAUAAUAUUAUAUUUUUUAUAAAAUAAAGUCUAAAUUAAAUAAGUAUUGGUUCGUAUCCUAAACCAUUACCAAAGCUAAUAUUUUUACUCUCUACCAUAAGGCUAUCUUUCUAGAAAAUCUAAAUGAAUAUUUAUAUUGUUAUUCUAUUUAUGUUACGUACAAUUUUACAUUUGAUUUAUAUUGCUUACUUUUUCCAUUUUACUACAAAAAGCUUAAAAAAUAAAGUUGAUAGUAUAAG